UUUGAACCACACCCGUGUCCAGGAUGGACGCCGAACGUCCUUUCUACAAAUAGUUAAACCGGAAUGCUACUUUCUGCCCUAAAUCCGUGCCAAACGUAAGCCUCGCAGAUACAGUGACGUCAGCUCCCAAGCUCUGAACCAAACAAACCUCAGUCGCUUCACCGUUCAGAGAAGCGGAAGCAUCGAUUAGAUCUUGGGGAAUAAAAAGAUAUCCGGUCUCGAGUCCUCUUUGAAUAUUUCAGAGGUGGUUCUUUACACCGACACUGCUGAUUGCGAUCUUUGCGCCGCUGCUGUGAGCAUGUCUGGGAAGCUUAAUGAAGACCCGGGUCUGGAUGAGCAACGAUUUGCGGAGGAGCCCGAGCGGAACGGAAUGUUUGGGAGUACCGGGCGCCGCUUCGAUGAGAUGCGGGACGAGCUCCACUCUAGAAGCUGGGAGGACGACAUGAACUCCUUGAAACAAUUCUACCCAUUUGAUAAGGAGCGUAAAGGUGCCGGCGUUGCCAUGGAAACUGCAUCUACAGAUGACUCCAUGUCUGGCCUGUUCCAGACAUCUUCCUCAGGACAGGGGGAUCUCUACACCUCCCUCCUCUCCUCCCACUCCUCUUCAUCCAACCCAUUUGGAGGAGGUGCCCCUCUCUUCCCCUCUGAAGGGAACCGUUCGCCUUCCGCCCCCACUGGCACCGACUCUGGCAUCGGCAUGACCCCCGGGGACCCUUCUGACCUUCAGGUGCACAAGGUGGAGCCCUACAACUACAUGGACAUGAGCGACGACCUCCGCGAGCCAGGACAGAUUGGCAGCAGCAAGGUCAAGCAGCAGCCUGAGAGAAGCUACAGCAAUGACAGUGACGAAGAUGACGAUGCCGGGGCCGGCCUUUGCGACAUCAAGCCGACGAAACAGGGAGGGCAGGGCAGCAAGUCCGACCUGGACCCCUUCGACCUGGGCCACUACCUUGAGAAGAGCCCCCCGGCAACCAGAGGCAUGGAGGCAAAAGGGGGGCUGGGUUUUGCCAGGGAGCAGCACACUUUCUCCUAUAUGGGGGACCCAUCGGAUGAGGAGACAGUGAUGUACCACGCUCACCACACCACAGGGACACCGCAACCCAUCAGUCCGGUGAAAAUCACCGUGACGGCAGACCCCCAUCGCCCGCCGCCCCAGCUGGAGAGAGCUCCUCCACAAGGGAGCGUGUCAGAGAGGGACAGUGUGCUCAGUUUCGGACAGCAGGGCGUUCCCACGGUAACGCUCUCGGAGCCGGAGGACGACAGCGCUGCUUCCUCUGCCAGCCACUCCCCUAACCUCUCGCCUACAGGACGAGAGUCUCCCUCGGAUGUCUUGUUCCAGCCGGUAGCAAUGAAGUCUGUGAGCUCAGUUCAGGACAGCAGCGCCCCUUACCAGGACACCAAAUGCCCUGCCAAACCCGCCGCUCCGUGGGACAUGUCUGGUUUUGGGGGGCAUGAUCAGGAUGGCAGUGGGGAAGAGUCUGGAGACUCUGAAAUUGAGCAGGUGGCAGAAGAACCUGAUUCGCCAAGGCAUGACAAGCCCCAGCAGGAGAAAAUGGGAUUUGGCCAAUCUGGCAACCCCUUUGAGCAGCCCAGUGAAGUGAAGGGGGUUUUGGCUAAAGCUAGCAAUCCUUUUGAGAUACAUCAAAGUAACAAGGGGGGAAAUAGCAAUCCAUUUGAGCUUUCCAGCCAUGCUAAGUUUGGUUUUGGUCAAGCUGGCAACCCACCACUCUACAGUCUCCUGCGUGAAGAGAGGGAGGCGGAGCUAGACAGUGACCUGCUCAUCGAGUCUGCUUCCGAGGAGAGCCCCAAGAGAGAGCAAGGAUACAGUGGCCCGGAACCCAGCACUGCCCCAGCUCCAAGCCUCUCCUCCAACCCCAUCUCCACCCCUCCUGCUGUAACAGAGUCCCUGGAAAGUAAGCAGAAACAGAAGGAGAAGCACAAGGAGAAAGAGAAAGACAAUGUGAUACAGGUAGAGAAGGCCAAGCCCCAGCCACCGCAAGGAGAGAGCUCGACAGCCAAACCCAUGCCUGCUACAACGGCCACAUCUGCAGCUCCCGCAGAACAGCGCCCCAAAGAGGAUUGGGAGAGUAAGAGCAAGAGUAGCAGUGAGGAGAAUGUAUCCAGCACUCAUUCCGCGGAGUUGCCUCUCUUCCUGCAGAACUUCAACAAACAGAAAGCGGUGGAUCUACUGCACUGGCGUGAUGUCAAGCGGUCCGGCCUGCUCUUCGGGAGCGUGUUGCUGCUGCUCUUCUCACUCACCCAGUUCAGCGUGGUGAGCGUGGGAGCAUACCUAGCCCUGGCCACGCUCUCUGCCUCCAUCAGCUUCCGCGUCUACAAGUCUGUGCUACAGGCUGUGCAGAAGACCGAUGAGGGACACCCCUUCAAGGCAUAUCUGGAGAUGGAGAUUGCUUUGUCUCCUGAGCAAAUCAGUAAGUAUGUGGACAAAACCCAGCUGUAUGUGAACUACACACUCAGAGAGCUACGUAGGCUCUUCCUGGUUCAGGACCUGGUUGACUCUAUAAAGUUUGCAGUGCUGAUGUGGCUACUGACGUACGUGGGCGCCAUCUUUAACGGCCUGACCCUGCUUCUCCUUGCUGUGGUUUCCAUGUUCACCAUGCCAGUGGUCUAUGAGAAAUACCAGACACAGAUAGACCAGUAUCUGGGGCUGGUGCGAACCCAGGUGAACUCAAUAAUGGGAAAAAUAAGGGAGAAGGUUCCUGGGGCCAAGAGGAAGAAUGAAUAAGCUCCUCCCUUCCACAGGCAGUCAAACUACAGCACUAAAUGCCAGUAAAAACUACAACUUAUUCCAGCAAGCAUAUUGGUCCCCAAGCAUAUGCAGAGGGCAAGAAUGACCGCCUGAAUAAAAAUCCAUCAUACUCAUGUUAAGUUAGUGUAGUCGCUCACGUAAAAUGCCUACUGUUGCAAAUCACUGGAUAUAAAAAAAAAAAAACACACACACAAAAAAAAAA